GCCGCGCGAGCGCCAUGCUGGGCUUGCUGGGAGGCCGGCUAACGCUGGGCCUGCGGGCCUCAGCGUGGGGCCGUGCCCGCUGUUUCCCGGUUCUGACGCGCGCAGCGGGAGCGCCCCAGGUUGGGGAGCGGACGGCUUCUGCCCCGCCGGAAGCUCGCGGGCGCCCUCUCAGCCUGUCGGCCGCGGCCGUGGUAAGCUCGGCGCCCCGUCCUCUGCAGCCCUACCUGCGCCUCAUGAGGCUGGACAAGCCCAUAGGGACCUGGCUACUGUAUUUGCCAUGUACCUGGAGCAUUGGUUUGGCAGCUGAGCCAGGUUGUUUUCCAGACUGGUACAUGUUAUCCCUCUUUGGCACUGGAGCUAUCCUGAUGCGUGGAGCAGGCUGUACUAUUAAUGACAUGUGGGACCGUGACUACGAUAAAAAGGUUACAAGAACAGCAAAUCGUCCUAUAGCUGCUGGAGACAUUUCAACUUUCCAGUCCUUUGUUUUUCUUGGAGGACAGCUGAGCUUGGCACUGGGUGUUCUUCUGUGUCUGAAUUACUACAGUAUAGCUCUGGGAGCAGCAUCCUUACUUCUCGUCAUCACUUACCCACUAAUGAAAAGAAUCACAUACUGGCCUCAGUUAGCCUUGGGGUUAACUUUUAAUUGGGGAGCAUUGCUUGGAUGGUCUGCUAUCAAGGGUUCCUGUGAUCCAUCUGUGUGCUUGCCUCUUUACUUUUCUGGAGUUAUGUGGACACUGAUAUAUGAUACCAUCUAUGCCCAUCAGGACAAGAAAGACGAUGUUCUGAUUGGUCUGAAGUCCACAGCACUGCUGUUCAGAGAAAACACUAAGCAGUGGCUCAGUGGCUUCAGUGUUGCCAUGCUGGGAGCACUGAGCCUGGUGGGUGUGAACAGCAGUCAGACUGCACCCUACUAUACCGCUCUGGCCGCUGUCGGAGCCCACCUGGCUCACCAGAUUUACACUCUAGACAUCCACAGUCCUGCAGAUUGUUGGCAUAAAUUUGUCUCCAACCGAACAGUAGGAAUGAUCCUUUUUUUAGGGAUCAUCCUUGGAAAUUUAUGGAAAGAAAAGAAGACAGAUCAAAUAAACAAACAAAGAUAGUAGAAUAGGAAAUUGCCCAAUGAACUAGGAGAAGUAACACAGCUUUAAUGCCAGCAUUCAGGAAGUAGAAACAGGAGGAUCAAGAGUUCAAGACCAGCCUGGGCUACAAGCUACAUCAUAAGACAAUUCUCCUUAAAAACCAUAGGAUGGGGAUGAAGUUCAGUAGCAGAGCACAUACCCAGAAUGUGCCAGGCUCUGAAUAUCCUCAGCACCUAAAAACGAAAAUUAGCAAAUAGUUUAUCUAGGAAUUAUGAAAAUAUUUUUUAAGAAAACAUUCUCAGUUCUUAUAACCACAUUAUUAGAUUUGAAUGACUAGCCAGUUACAAUAUGUUAAAGAAGAACCAGAUGAAGAUUUAGAGCAUAUUUUCCUUGAUUCAAGUAAUUCAACUGUUUCCUAGCAAAAUUGUCUCUAGUCUCAAAAAUUAGGGGCUCUUUGGGAUUAAGUUGAUACAUUCUUUUGCCUUUUAUAAAAGUUGUAGGAAUUGGAUGAGUUUUAGCACUUUAGAGAAAACCUGAUAUGUGUCUUAUCUAAAUAAAUGUCUUCUUGAUCUGUAGAAAAAUGAACUUUUUUUAGGGGAAAAAAGUUCUAAUGGAAAGUUGGAGAAUAUUGUUAUUUUUUGUAACCAUCACCCUCAACUAAAAGCUGUAAUUUAGGAAAAUAUUACAUUGUGUUUUAUAAUAAUUUAAACAGCAAAUAAAAUUUUUACAUAUUAUA